GUGAAUAGCAAAGCAGGAGCGGUAGUGAGAAUAUUUUGUAAUAAAUAUGUCUUUUUAUUCGCUUUAUCAAACACUUAGGUAAUCGCCGCGGCUAGCCGUAAGCUGUAGUGUAUUAAGAGUUUAUAUACAAAACCGGUGUCCAUGCAAAAUGGGGUCUAGGGACAGGGACUCGAAAUCGCUACAGGACAAGCUGAAAGUGUUCUUCAAGAAAGGUGCAUCGGCGCCGCUAGCGGCUCGCAGCGAGCUGGUGUCGAAGGAGGUGCUUCAUGAGUUGAGCGUCGAAACGCCGCUGCACCGACGGCUCCGUGCCAUGAAGGAUGUUGGCGACAAGGUCAUUCAGGGACGCGUGGAAGACGGUGGUGUUGAAAAGUUAUGGUCUUGCACUCGAGACCUCCUCUACACGGAUAAUACCGAAGCCCGUCACACAGCCCUGGGGUUCAUGAGAUGUAUCGCUGAAGGACAAGCAGAAGAUCUACAAAUAAUGAGGACAAUUUUCUUCAAAUUCCUAAGGGAGACACACCCGUCUCAUCCGCCAGACGACUAUCAAUUACGCUUUAAACUACUCUAUACAUUGACUAAUAGCGGGAAAAAUAUUAAUUGUUUUGAAGUGGAUAUUGGAGAGUUCUUAUUGGAAUGGCUGCCUCAAAUUCAGACACCAUCAAAUACAGUUGAAUUUUUACAGCUAAUCGUAAAUGUAGUAAAAUUCAAUGCUACAUAUCUGGACGAACACAUUGUACAUGGAAUUGUCAACAACGCAUGCCACUUGUGCGUAUAUUCCCCGGAGGUGACAGUUGUGCAGCAGUGCCUCUCCUUGCUCGAGGCUGUCGUGUCGUACUCGCUGCUGCCCCGGGCGUCCCUGCCGACGUUUGUCGGUGCUCUGUGCCGGACUGUCAACAUGGAACACUACUGUCAAAACAGUUGGAAGUUGAUGCGGUACGUGGUGGGCGGAGACAUCGGUCCGGCGGCCGUGCAGCAGAUGGUGUCGCUGCUGCAGUCGGGGGCGGAGGCCGGGGCUGCCAGGGGCGCCGUGUUCUAUAUCAACAUGGCACUGUGGGGGCCGCAACGUGUGCCCACGCUCAAGGUGUCAUUUCUGGCCGUCCUACCGGCCUUUCUGAAGGCGCUGGAGGGUCGCCAGGCGGUGGUGGCGUACGAGGUGGUGGUGGGGGUGGCCAGCGUGGUCACGCGAGCCCCCCACGAGCUCUACGAGCCGGCCUGGGACGUGCUGCUGAGGAUCGUGCGAACCCUGCUGCAGCUCGACAAAUCGUACGACCCCCCCAACGACUUGAUGCACUCCCGCCUGCACAACAUCAUAACGUCGAUCGAACAACUCCAGGAGUCCGGCCAGUACAAGGGCGACGCGGAGGCCCUGCUGGACCUCGUGGACAGCUGCGGACACGAGCGCCCGGAAUCGUCCACGAUGCAGCUGAUCAGCCAGCGGGCGGGCGCGCUGUCCCCCACGGGCAGCGAGUGGGUGGCGAGCGCGCUGGCCCUCGCCGACAAGUACAUCCGGAACGAGUCGCGCCUCAACGUGCGCCUGCACGCCCUGCACCAGAUCAUGGCCUUCAUUACCAGAUACGGCUACGUAUACGGCGAGGAGCUGGUGGAGCUGGUGGGGGUGCCGGUGCUGAGCGGGUGCGCGCUGGACGCGGACGUGGCCAUGCGCGCGGCCGCCGCCAAGAACCUGGCGCUGCUGGCGCGCAACGGCACCUCCGAGUCUUGCACCGACCUCAUAGAUCUCCUUGAAAAGAUCCUGAACCGUCCGUUCGAGAUGUACGUGACGGACGUGGCCAUCCCGGCGGACACGGAGGUGUGCGACCUGCGGCUGGCGGCGGGCGGGCUGCUGGACGUGCUGCGCGCGCGCCUGCUGCACGCGCCCGCCGCGCCCGCGCGCUGCCUCAUCGUGCUGCUCGACCACCUGCACCACCACUACCGCCGCCCGGCGCUCUUCCUGCACCACCCCGACAUCCGCCUCAAGAUAUUUGAAAUGAUAUUCUGCUUACGGGCGAACACGCUUAACUUCGUCGGCUUGCUGCCUGAAGGUCAGUUUUCGAGUCGAACCCGCGUCGUAUGUUCUCCGUUCCUACUGGUCGAGCCCCUAGGAGUGCGCGGACAGCAACAUCAGAACCAUCAACACAGAGAUGUACCUCCGUCGUGUGCGCAGGGCGCGUGCGUGGUGCCGGCGGCCCGUGCGGCGCGCGCGCUGUGUGCGGCGCUGACGCGCGACGCGGAGUGGGCGGUGGUGGGGCGCGUGCUGCGGGCGCUGCCGCCGCUGCUGCACGCGCGCGCGCUGGCGCUGGGCCGCCGCGCGCACGACCUCGACGUGCUCGCCUCCACGCUCUGCUCCAUGAUCUCAGACCGCAGCCUGAACUUCCCGGAGUGCCUGCGCACGUGCAAGGGCGGCAAGCUGCUGGUGUCGGAGUUCCACGGCACGGCGCUGCCCGCGCUGGCCGCGCUGGCGCCCUACCACAGCUGCCUCGAGCCGCAGACGCAGCAGCGGAUCGUGCGCUGCCUGCUCAAGUACGGCAUGGUGCUGCGCUCGCCGCAGCCCUACAUCAACGCGCUCACCAUCUUCACGCUGGAGACGCGCGACACGAUGGUGAAGAUGCUGCCCGAGGUGCUGCUGGACCUGUCCAAGAUCUCGGACACGAAAGCCAUAGCGAGCCCCAUGCUGGAGUUCCUGUCGACGCUGACGCGGCUGCCGAAGGUGUUCGCGUCGUUCGUGGAGGACCAGUACAUGUCGGUGUUCGCCAUCCUGCUGCCCUACACCAACCCGUCGCGCUACAACCACUACGCCGUGUCGCUGGCGCACCACGUCAUCGCGGCCUGGUUCCUCAAGUGCCGCCUCUCCUACCGCAGGAACUUCGUCAGGUUCAUCAUACACGGCCUGCACAACUACAUCAUCAUGCCGUUCGAGGAGCAGCUGCAGUACAAGAGCAACUUCCAGCACGGCGCCGCCAACGAGGACUCCUCCAACCGGCAGCGGAGCUCCAGUCUGGGCUCCCGCGCCGUGCCGCAGGUGGCCAUCGGGCGCGCCGGGCCCUCCGCCUCCGCCGCCUUCCACGUGGAGCUCACGGAGACGUGCGUGGACCUGCUGGCGCGGUACGCCACCACGCCCUGCACCGUCAAGCCGCAGAGGAGCGAUCUCGCGGAAUUUCUGUUCAACGGCGGCCAGUCGAUGACGUGGCUGGUGGGCCACAAGCUCGUCACCAUCACCACGUCCGGCUGCCUGCAGAACUCACUCAAGCAGGGACUUUGCGACAGGUGCGCGGCGCUGUGCAAGCAGCACGCGGAGAGCGCGGCCGGCCCGCUGCCGCCGCUGCGACCCGCCGCCUCUGCCGCACCCGCCGCAUCUGCCGCGCCUGCCGCAUCUGCCGCGCCCUCCGCGCUCGCCGCCAACGCCGCAUCCGCCGGCGCGUCGCAGACACAGCUUAAUGAGUCGACGAGUGACAGCCAGACAACCGAGGACAGCCCGUCGCAAGCACAAAACCCGCCCGAAGUAAAACGCUACAGCAAGCGGUCGCUGCAGCACAGCCGCUCCACGGAGACCAGCUGCUCGUCCCUGUCGUGCUGCGACGCCCCCCUCCUGCCGCCCACCAGCGGACACACCACCAGACAAAAUUCAUCGGAGAACAAUAAGACAACAGAUCCUCUAGCCGAAGUCCUCAACCAAUUCUCACAGCGCUUCGAAAGGAUAUCCAAGGAGGUGGACACGGACGACACGAGCUGGUCGCGCGUGGGCGAGCUCGCGGGAGGGGGGGCGUGCCCGUGCUGGUGCGGGGGGUGGGCGGAGAUACACGUGCGCUCGCCAACCGGGGACGUCAGCUGGGUCAUGCGGGUGCAGAACCAGAUGAACUGGGACUACCAGCUAGAGUCGCCGCUACAAGAAGUGGCGGCGCUACUCAACCCGAUGAUAUUUCAUCCCUCGCCGCCCCCCGCCGCGCCGCCCCCCGCGCCCUGUGUCGACCCCCCCGCGCCCUACGCGCCACCGCCAUCUAGCGACGACAACAAACAAGAACAGCAGGCGCAGUCCCGGGCGGAGAUCGAACCGUCGAUCCGCUCGACCCUCGACCUGCACAAAUCCAACUCUGAUACCGUCGUGUCCAAACCGCUGCUGCACCAGCCCCACAGGAUGAGUACGCAGCCGAUCAACAUCCCCGGGUCUCCGCAGAGACAGGGCUCGACCAGCGCCGCGGGCGACGACGACAUCCUGCUCCUCGCGCAGGAGGGGAAGUCCCGCCACCCGGUGCGUCGCUCGAACUCUUCUCCGGAGAUGUCGUCCUCGUGGAAGCUGAGUGCGCAGCCUAAGCUCCAGGACGAAGAACUAGACGAGAUGAUCCUGCUCCCGGGAGUCGAACCCACGACGCCGGCCGCGUCCAUGCACGCGUCGAAGAAGGCGGCGAAGAAGAGCGACAUGCGCGUGUCGUGCGAGGCCAUCCCCGAGGAGAUGUGCGGCACGUCGCCCCUCGCCGCGCACCCGCACCUCGUCACAUACAAGUCGGACCCCGCAGUAACGAGCGAGCCGCUGUCGUGUGCAGGCACGGGCCACGCCGCGGGCGGAGCGGGCGCGGACAGCGGGCAGCGCGCCGCCGCCGACGACACCGCGCACCACCAGCUGCAGAAGACCGCGAGCGAGGGCGCAGUCCCGGAGUCCCGCAGCAAGCCGCCGCGGGCGCCGGCGCGGGACGACCUGCCGCCGCUGGCGCGCUCCAAGCGCUCCAACACCAUCUCCGUCAUGAGCCCCACGCGCCGCCACAGGCAAACUCCAAACCACGCCCCGCCGAUAAGCACCGGGCCGGCGGGCGCGCCCACGAGCAGCAGCGGGAGCGGGUGCGCAGGCGCCAGCGGGGGCGGGUUGACUCCUUCCUUCGUUUUCCUGCAGCUGUACCACAACAUGAGCACAUACCCCAUAACGCCCCCGGUGCCUGGUGAGAGCCCGACGACCCUGAGUCCGCUGUCGCAGCGGCCGCUCCGCGUCAGCAGCGCGCAGGACCAGCGCACCAUCAAGAACCUGGACCUCAUGCCGCCCAUCGAGACCUACAAGAUCGGCGUGCUCUACGUGGCCCCGGGGCAGCAGGACAGCGAGGACGCCAUCCUGCAGAACGAGUACGGCAGCGUCAGAUACUCCGAGUUCCUGACGCAGCUCGGCACCCUGGUGUCGCUGGAAGGCGAGGACGAGCAGGAGCACCCGGAGCUGUUCCUCAACCUGGAGAAGGGCGGCAAGGACGGUCGGUACACCUACGUGUGGACCGACGACAUCAUGCAGGUGCUGUUCCACGUGGCGACGGCCAUGCCCACGUGCGCCAGCGACCCCAGCUGCAACGAGAAGCGCAAGUACAUCGGGAACGACUACGUGUCCAUCGUGUACAACGACUCCGGAGCAGACUUCAACAUCCACACCAUCAAGGGCCAGUUCAACCUGUGCAUCGUGGUGGUGGAGCCGUACGAGCACGGCAUGAACCGCGUGCUGCUGAAGACCAAGGACGAGCGCAUCCGCACCAAGUUCCUGGCGCACCUGGACUCGCAGCACGUGGCCGUGUCCGACCACAACGUGGCGCUGCUCGCCCGCCAGAUGGCGCUACAUUGCGCGCUGGCGUCCCAGAUCUCUGCGACGCUGAGCUCUGGCGGCGGCUCGCAGCCCUACGCGUCCAACUGGCUGGCGCGCCUGCGCCUCAUCAAGAUGCUGCGCGGGCGCGUGCAGGCCUCCCGCCUGGCGGCCGCCGCGCGAGCCCCCGCGCCCUACGCCUCCACGCCCGACCUGGCGCAGCGCGUCGCCAUCGACGACUUCAACGACUACACCUAGCGCGCAACCAGCCCGCACACACGCACUGCGAGAGGCGGCGCAUCGUGGGCUGCGUGCUGAAUGUACCAAAUAAAACAUUAAAUAUAAGUGACGGAUAAUGUACCCCUGGUCGCCGGCGAGCGCCUGUCCCCACCCUUUUUUGCGAUUUAAAAAAGGGGGGUGAACUCACAUACAACGACUGAUUUGAAAAUAAUACAAUUUGGAUUACAAAAUUCGUUUUAACGUGAUGAUGAAUUUGGCUUCUUCCCAUCGAUGAGUGUUCCGGGGGACCCCAGCGCGGAGGAGGGGGCCGCUGGGUGCAAUUACACUUUCACAAUUGUAGUGAGUCAAAUAAAUAAUACGUUGUUCCUUGGGUUAUCUGAGAAUGAAGUUCCGAGGAAUACUUUGUGGACUUAAGAUGUAUCCUAAGCGAUGGCUACCCGUGUGUCCGGGAUCAAUCCCGGGACCGAUGCAACAUGUGCUUGAACGAUUCACUUUAAUUUAACUCGCAACAGUAAGAGAGCCCGACCUGCGUUAAGACCCAACUCGUAUCUACCGACUGAGUAUUAAAUUAUGAGCUUAAAAUUCACAAAGCUUAGGUCUAAAUUGCUGUAUCUGCGACCGACGGUUAUGUUUUAUUCAACAGCAAACCUUACAUUUUAAUAACGUAGCUGCAAUAUUUGUAACAUGGUGUUUGAAACAGACAGUUUGAAAAUGAGUUAAAUAUAAUUUUCUAUAGGAUAGCUUAGCGUUACGUCAGUGUUGUAAGUUUAAUUGUCGUGAUGAGCUUUUCGUAGAAUGUUGUUGUUUAAAAAAAGUUAAAUUAGGACACUCUUCUUGCCUUCAAUUGAUUGUUUUUUUUUUCUGACAACAUCUUUGGCGUCACAUCCGUGUGUGUGGUGACGUACUCCGACAGACAGAUGUAAAGGUUCAUCUACGAACUAUCAUCGUGAUGCGUUUGCAGCUGAAUAUAGAAAAACGGUUAUAAAAUUUCAACUUUGUAUACGGUCAACACAAAAUGAAGUAGUGAUUUUUCACAAAAAAAAUUAUAUCGUAUCGACUUUAUAAUACAUUUAUUCUAAUACCUAAUAAUAACGAAGGUAUGUUAACAAACCUGGCAAUACCUCACACCGGCAAAGGAAACACGGUAAUGAAAAACGAAAAAGAAAAAAAUUAACUUUAGUUUUUUUAUGAAUAAAAAACUUUUUUCUUGGAACGUGAUAAUAGAAUAAAAACAAUACGAAUAAAAUAGUAAUAAUGUUUUGGAUACGCCGGCAAGGUCUUCACGAAUACGCUUUCGCUUACUGGUCCCCGCGUCCGUCGUGUAGUUUUUAAAUAAUAUCCGCCUUUAUAUUAAAUAUUAAUAAUUGAAUCACAGUUUUGUGUGAGCACCGAGCGAACUCGCACUGUGCUUUAUGUAUUCCGUGGCCUGUACCAUUUGAUGGCAUUCAACACUAGUAAUAUCCCAGAUCCCUUGUCAAGUCUUCUUGAUGUAGAGACAUUUUCGCAAUAUAAGCCACAGAUUAGGUCUCGCUACUGUGUGAUAACAAUAUGUCAAACUUCAAAAAGACUAGAAAUGUCAAUGCUAGAUAAUUUUUUUUGGCAUUUCCGUUUACUACUUAAUCGGAAAUGCAUGCUACCGAAACAAAAAUAACGGAAUCGAUUCAGGACACUAGCUUUUGGGCAAAUAAGUUUAGGCAUUCAAAGUGAAUUAAACUUCGAAAACUAUUUAUAUCAAUUUGAUUAAUGUCAUCUUCAAACAUUAUAUUUUUAGAACUUUUAAUUUUUACUUUGGAAUCAUAAAGAUAUCAUUUCACGUCAUAUAUAGAUCAAAUAUGGGCAACGUGGCUAAACCUUAUCUGCUGAAUCGAUUUAAACCGGUCCAACAAAAUUGUUGUGAAUAGCAACAAAUUAUUAGAUACUUCUUCACACAAGAAAGAGUACCGUAGAUGCGAUGUUGCUUCUAAACAAACCUAUUAUUUCAAAUUUGCUCCAUUUCACAUUCUUGUUUAUAAAUAUUUAAGUUAAUCAUUAUACUACUUUGAAAAAAUAAUUUUCCAUUAACCUUUUAAACUUAUCUAUUUACUGAUCUCGCCGCGGAUGUUCUUAUCUAUAAUAUAAUGAUACAAAUUGAGAACCUUCACCCUUCUUGAUGUCGGUAAAAAGAAGUUAACCAAAAGAAUAUUGUGAACAUCAAACAAAUCAGGCUUUCCACGACAAUUUCCGAAGCAACUCCCUACUGCGGGCGUAGAAGCUAUAAAUUUCCGAGACAUGAAUCCGAAUAAAUAAAUAUAUAGCGAAUGCCCGAAAUAGUCGUUCAAAUAAUUCUAGCUCCCUUGAAAAUACUAGAUUUGCCCUGAUAGUGCCCUUCACGGAAAAGGUUACCCGCCCUUGUGUAGAACAAUCCACUAAAUCUAGCCGUAACCAAAGAAUAUCAAAUGUUUAAGACUGUAAGAUAUGCAUCAAUUUCAAAGUAAAUUAGAGAGCAGUGUAUGUACACACAAUGCAACUCAUCUAUUAGUAAUUUCGCGUAAAAUAUAACCUUAAACCACACCAUAUUUAUUCAUAUAACGUUCUAUAUUAUCGUACUUAAAAUUUUCAACCCAAGAUAGCCUAUCAUUUUUAAUUGAAUAUAUAAAGCGGUCAUUUUUAACCAAUAUCAAGCACUAUUUGAAUGCCAUUAAAUGUUACGUUUAGUAUCGUAAAUGAGUUUAAGUCGUCACUCAUCCACGUAAUAUAUGGUCAUAUGCUGGCCUGCUCUACAAUCGAGCACUGGAAUGACGGCUAAUAAUUAUAAUUGUCACCGGUAUGAUUUCAUUUGGUCUAUGCCUAGUUAUUGCCGCAGGUGUAGAAAAUGUUCAAACAACCUUAAGCCUAAAGUCAAAUUGAUUUCUAAAAAAACAAAUUUUGGUUCUUAAAAUUGUUUCAAAACAAUCUAGGUUUAAGCACGUAUCUAAAUAUUGUUCCCGCGUCUGAAGCAAGCAUUAAAUAAUAAUGUAAUGAACGUGAAUCGACUGAUUAUAUUGUAAAAUGGCAGAAUCUUAUAUUUUGUAAAUGUGGCUGCUACUUCCAUGGUUGCUGUACUGUAAAGAUGGCGUUAGUGUUGCCCAUGGACAAGUUACACAAGCAUGCCAAUAAUUAGUAAACACCGUUUGUAAUAAGAACGUCGAAAAAAAAUGAAAACGAUAUUUUGUGGUAAAUUCCAAAAUCGUAUGUUUAGAUUUGAUUUCUUAAGUCUUUUUUUUUCUAGUUUUUAAAUGAAUUAAUAUAAAAAUAGCCUGCGUAUUUGCCUGCGGCUCUGAUACGAGACGAUGUCUGCAGCGGUGCGCCGUGAGCGAGUCCCGAGGCACAUGUUGUUAAAAGAUAAUUUUAUGUAGCAAUUUAUUUCCUGACGAAAGAUUUUGUAAUCAAAUAAACAAUGGCUAUUUU